AUGGCAGAGAGACACUACAGCUGCACUGACUGUGGGAAAGCCUUUUCCCAGAAGUCAGACCUCAUUAAGCAUCAGAGAACACACACCGGAGAGAAACCCUACGGGUGCAGUAGGUGUCAGAAAGCCUUCAGCCAGAAGUCCCAUCUCAUUUUACACCAGAGAACCCACACAGGAGAGAAAUGGUUUGAAUGUGAUGAAUGUCAGAAAAGCUUCGGCAAUAAGUCACAGCUCAUUAUUCAUCAGAGAUCUCACACGGGAGAGAACCCCUAUGGUUGCCAUGAAUGCGGAAAGACAUUUCCCCUUAAGUUUAGCCUCAUUUUACAUCAAAAAACACAUACAGGGGGAAAACCUUAUGGAUGCAGUGAUUGUGGGAAAGCCUUCAUCCAGAGAUCUGAGCUCAUCAGACAUCAGAGAACUCACACAGGAGAGAAACCUUAUAAUUGCAGUGAAUGUGGAAAAGGCUUUAGUGUAAAGUCACUCCUCAACACUCACUGGAGAACUCAUGCAGGAGAGAAGCCCUAUGGAUGCAAUGAAUGUGGAAAAACAUUCUCCAUCAAAUUUAGUCUCAUCCUACACCAAAGAACUCACACAGGAGAAAAACCCUACAAAUGCAGUGAAUGCCACAAAGCCUUCAGCCGGAAGUUGUAUUUCCUUAUUCAUCAGAGAAUUCACUCUGAAGAGAAGCCUUGUCAAUGCCACAAAUGUGGGAAAACUUUCUCCCACAAGUUUAGCCUCAUCAUUCAUCAGAGAAUCCAUACAGGAGAGAAACCCUAUGGAUGCGAUGUCACAUCUUAUUAUACCUCAAAGAACUCACACAGGUGA